AUGUCUGCCCCAAGUAAUAGACACAACUCUCAAGCUCCUGGCAAAUUGUUCCAAUUUAAGCUCGUUUUACUAGGUGAAUCAGCAGUUGGUAAAUCAAGCUUAGUAUUGCGUUUUGUCAAAGACCAAUUUGAUGACUACAGAGAAAGCACUAUCGGAGCUGCAUUCCUAACACAGACAGUUGCUCUGGAUGAUAAUACAACUGUUAAAUUCGAAAUCUGGGAUACAGCAGGACAAGAACGUUAUAAGAGUUUGGCUCCAAUGUAUUACAGAAAUGCAAAUUGUGCCGUAGUAGUUUAUGAUAUAACUCAACCUUCAUCUUUGGAAAAAGCUAAAUCUUGGGUGAAAGAAUUGCAAAGACAGGCUGACCCAAAUAUUGUCAUUGCACUUGCUGAUACUGGCCUUUUGUUUUUCGAAACGUCUGCAAAAACAUCUGCUAAUGUCAAUGAACUAUUUACAUCAAUAGCGAGAAAAAUGCCGCUUGAUCAAUUAGCUGCUAACACACGUACACGAGGAAACAAUUUGAAUCAAAGAGGCGUUGACUUGACUCGUCCAGUAGCCAAUAAUG